UGGUUUGUGUACACGGAAGUGGUUCAUUUCCUCGAGUGUAAUUCGGUUUGGAUUUCCGAAGCGCUCAUUGAUAAUACUUGAUUGUUAGCUACAGGCUGGAAAUAGAUCGUGGAAAGAACUUUUCACGCUGCUGUAAAUCUAAUGGGAUAUUUUCACUUCUUUGUAUCUGAGUGGAUUACUGUUUCUUUUUCAUUCACUGUUUUUCGCUUUUAAUUUUAAACUUGAAAUAAGUUUAAGUGAUGCGUUUUGACAAGGUUUACAAAGCUGUUAUAUAUUUUACUGGUUUGCGGAUAGGAGUAUUUUGAAUUUUGCCUUUUGCACUUGUUAUUUUUCACCAUUAAAACGGUUACACAAAAGAAGAACAUGCUAAACAUUCCAUCACAAUCCUUCCCAGCCCCCAGUUCACAGCAGCGCGUGUCUUCGGCGCAGGGGAGAAGCAAGGUGCCUUUGAAACCAGGUAGGAGCUUAAUGGAUUGGAUCCGGCUUACAAAGAGCGGAAAGGAUUUGACCGGUCUAAAGGGAAGGUUGAUUGAAGUAACAGAAGAAGAGCUUGCAAGACACAAUAAAAAUGACGACUGCUGGAUAUGUAUACGAGGUUUAGUUUAUAAUGUGACACCUUACAUGGAAUAUCAUCCUGGUGGAGAAGAUGAACUGAUGAGGGCAGCAGGGAUGGAUGGAACAGAUCUUUUUGAUCAGGUUCAUCGUUGGGUUAAUUAUGAAUCCAUGCUGAAAGAGUGCCUGAUAGGUAAAAUGGCAAUGAAGGCUAUAACAGCAACAAAAGUUUCAGAUAGCCACUUGAACAUGAAAGGAAAGCCAGUAGGCAAUGGUGAGAAAGAUUCAGAUCAGUUGUCUCAGUUAGCACUUAGAGCUGGAAUGCUCACUAAACCAAGAUAUGACUGGUUUCAGAAUGACAUGACAGUUUCGGUUGUCAUAUAUGCAAAACAAAAGGAAAUAAGUUCAGAAUGUAUUAUUGUGGACCUUGAUGAUCAUAAUUUGCGAGUGGAGCUACUUCUUGGGGUGAAAUCCUAUCUUCUUCACCUAAAAUUAUUUAGUAAGGUUGAAGAUGAUAUUAAGGUGAUCACAUCAUAUGAUAUAGGAAAAAUAGAGUUAAACAUGAAAAAAAAGUCCUGUUGCAAGUGGACUGAAUUGGGCACACCCCUGAUCCAGCAUGAUUUGUUAAUAGAAACCAAGAACCAAGAAAUAUUCUACAGAAAGUGCACCUUAAUAUCUGUUUGUGAUGUAACUCAUGACACCAAACUAUACCAUUUACAGCUUCCAAGGGGAACAGUCUGUCAAGUGCCUGUAGGCAAACACAUUUACCUCAAAACUACAUAUAAAGAUGGGGAAAUAGUUAACCCAUACACCCCAGUAUGUGAAACACUUAUUUCAAAAGACACGGAAUGUGAUAAGAAGAAUAUAUUCCUAAUAAUAAAGAUCUACUGCAAUGGAAUUUUCACCUCACAUAUUGCUAACCUGCAGCCUGGGGACACUUUAUAUAUGAGUAAUCCUGAAGGCAAAUUUAAUGUGCAGUCUCUUCAAGGAGUAACAAACUUGUGGAUGUUAGCUGCAGGAACAGGCUUCACACCAAUGAUCAAGCUAAUAAAAUAUGCAUUAAAAAAUAUUUCAGCUCUUCGGAAAAUAAACCUAAUAUUUUAUAAUAAAACAGAAAAGGAUAUCAUUUGGCAAAGUCAUUUGGAACAGCUUAGUGCAGAAGAUGAAAGGUUUAAAGUUGAAUUUGUUCUAUCAGAACCGCCACAUCACUGGACUGGAAAACGAGGCAGAAUUGAAGUGUCACAUAUAUCUGAUUUAAUGAGCCAAGACACUAAUGAUUCCAAGUGUUUUGUAUGCAUCUGUGGUCCAAUACGUUUUACAGAGAAAACACUUAUGAUUUUGCAAGAAUUAGAAUUCUCAGAAGAAAAAAUUCAUGCCUUUCUUGAAUAAGGAAUGUAAUUAUUUUUUAAAGUAAUUCAUAAAGAGAAGCCUUGUAAGGCAGCAUCAUAUUUUUCUAUGCAUUUUAUAUUAAUGGUUUAAUAUACUUGAUGAUUAUAAAUAUUAUAUAAAUGAGUAAGAUUUUUAUUUGUAUUUGCUUACUAUGCACGCAAAUAAAAUAUGCUUUAAAUUUAUAGCAAAAGACUGGACAAUUCAUAAACCUAGUUUAACUAGGCUGUUCUAAUCUUCCACAUUUCAUGUAAUUUGUUUACAUUUUAUAGAUAUACUGAAUUAUAUUUUCAUGCAGUACAUAAUAUUUAUUUUGUUAAUGGCAGGUUACAUCAACUAUUUACAGUAAAUGUGUUUUUUUAUAGUUUUUAUUUAGAAUUCUCUAUUAUUUCCUAUUUAAAUGUCCUUUACAUACAUUAUUUUUACAUAAAAAUAUUUUUUGUGGUUAUUUCAUGUUCAAGUCUGUUGAUUUUAUAAUAUUUGUUUAAUUAUAUAAUCAACAUAAUUAUUUAGUUCUACUUUAUUAUAAUGCAAAAUAAAAAUAAGUGGUUUUGAUUAACUGUUUUCCAAAAUCUAUGAUAACCACUAUUGGUAAUGUAGAGGUAAUUUUCUGUAUCAUUGUAAUGUUUGAAGUACUGUAAUGGAAUGAUUUGUACAAACUUGAAAAUGUUAGUAAACAUGAAAUACAUGAGUGUAUUUGAUAAAGAAUUGUAUUUAAAAGCAACAGUUUACUUUCUUAAUAAUUCAUGAUUUUUUUCUAAAGUGAUUUUUUCCCCUAAUUUUUUAUUUGUUUAAGGUACUGUGUUAUUGGUGCAUACUGUAUGCAUGUUUAGCUUAUGUAAAGUAUUUUCAGGAGUCUGCAAUAUGGAGAAUUUUCAAUAGGUAACCAAGCAGACGAGCCCCAGAUUGUGACAGAGAGCAGUUGUGACAUUUCAAGUGGAAUCCAUGAAGAAUUUCUUUAGGUAGGGUAAAUGUACUGUGCAAUGCGUAUUCAAUAAUAAAUCAAAGCAUUUUCACUGCCAA